GAUGUACAUACAGUGCGCAAAGCGAUCCCCACUCUUCCGCCGAGAGCUCAAUAUCCGUGCCGAUAACUAUAGGGAUGACUAUAGAGACUCUUAAACAACGUCCAUCAUAUUAACUAGAAACUUUAUUAAUCUUUCCCCACAACCCUUAUAUCUUCCCCUUGUUCCACUUCCCAUUGUUCCUUGUGCUCUUGUCCAUUUUUUUUUCUUUUAGACUACAAAGGCUUAAAGCCUUUGUAUUCUCUCUUCGUCUGUCGGUCUAUCCGGCUUUUACGGCAAAACUAUUGGAGGUAGGAACGGGUUUAUGUCACUGUACCUGUACUGAACCACUGUACCGUAAAUCAGAUAGACUCAAAAAAGGGAUAUUUUCUACUUUUUAAAUGUACUUAUAAUACCUACAUGCGAUAAACAAACCUCCCGGAACACUGCGUGAUUACCCGGGGAGGAGCCGCGGGCGGUUACUUGUUACUAAAUGAAAAAAAUAAAUAAAUAGAAAUAAAGUGUAGGUAAGUAGUAUUUUAGGUAGGUAUUCUAUUCUGUGCCUCUCAUCAAAAAUCGUUUCAUCUAGCUCCACCUCACCAUACUUAGUAAAUAACAAAUAAUCGUAAUAUUUUUACCAUUAUUGCUGUUUCUAUUAGAACGUUUAAAGACCUAAACUACUUUGUUGCGGAGCGAAGCGAAACAAGUUACGCUUAACCCACUUCGCUCUUUUAUAAUUCCGUGACUCAACACAACUCAAUGUUCCGGCUCAAUCCGCAACAUUAUUAUUAUUCCGUCGACAUAGCGUUCAAUUCGGCGUUGUUUGCCGAUCGCGCUGCCACUUGAGCCGCGAGUCGAGUGAGCGAGGUCAUUACGGAUAAAAUGGGGGCGAACCAUUCCGAUAAUAAACCACUGUGUUGGUCUGAGUUAUUUAUGCUUACGAUAAAAUGAUGGCGCUUUAAAGCGUGCAACAGAGACAGAAAUAUCGACUUGUGCUUUGCGUUUACCCAGCCAGACAAAGAUAGGAUACGCUACUGCCGACAACCGCUAGGAAUUUGCCAUCCGACCAAUACUGGCAGUCCGCCAUACUGGCAUUGGCAACCGCGUCUGCCGAGUGCGACGUUUGCCUGUGAGUGAAAGGAACAAAGUUUCGGUCUGCCUCGGUCGUCGGUAAAAUGAGAGUUUGAGAGUGCGUUUCGAUCGAAAGCGUAGGUUAGCCACUUUGUUCUGUUGAUACGAGAAUUGGGUAUAGAAAAAUAAUUUGUUUUUAAUUGAAUAAGCAUACCAAAUUAUUCUAAACUUAAACAUAAACCUUGAGAGGAAGAGGUCAGAAAGCAAUUUCUGCUCAGCGCCUAUCGCUUGAUUAGACUUUUUGACAGCACUCGUUUAUUUGGCCGGCCAUUUUGUAUUUUCCUGCAGUAGAGCAGCAGAAUCGAAGUGACAGAAGUUCGCGGAAAAUAAAUUAUUUGCAUUUUGUUAUUAUACGUGAUCGUUUUCUCAAGGUUAUCAUUUAACACGGAGAAAGCCGGAAAAGUGGUGAAUGUGUUAUUGUGUUUGCGGAGUGACGAUAUCACCGAGUGUUAUGACUUUAUUGUAAACUUGUGUUGUAGUGGUGUAUGCCGACUUUGAAUUCGAGUUUCCAAUGAUUAUGAACAAAAUCACUGUGAAAUAAGUGUGAAAAGCAAUUACAAAUAUUAUUGGUGUCCGGAUAAUGAUUGCAUCAUAGAUGAUGGCAACUAAGCAUGACUCUGUUCUGUCCUCGCCACCUACAAACAAUGAAUCAGAUGAUGAGGCACAGGACUCCGUAGGCUCCGAUCCUGAACAAGAGGAAGAAGAGAAACAGACCGAUGCCUCGAAUGUCGCGAACAUUCUGAAGAGGCUCCAGUCCACUUGUGCUCUCAUCAAAAAGCCGAAACAGGAGUAUCAUUGCUUUACUUGCGACGAAGAUUUUCAGGAUUGGGAGGACCUAGAGAAUCAUCUGAUUCAGCACGUUUCACUGCCGUCUGUGGUACUUGACAAGCUGCCUUCCGACGACGAGGAUGCCCCUCCUUCUGGAGAUGAGAACUGGUCAGAUGAGGAAGAAGAAGCAGCCCCGCCCCCGCAAAAAGUCCCACCAACAAAAAUUGACAUAUCACAAUUGCUUAAAAAGACCGGUAUCUCUUUGAAAAAACCUGACAAUGGUGCCACGAAUUCUGAUUCAGCACUGAACAAGCUUAGCGGUUUAGGGUUUACUAUAAAGAAAGGCAACACUCCCAUAAAGAGUGAACCAGAACCGGAAAGUAAUAACGACGUCAUGCAAAAACUUGGUAAACUUGGAGGCAUCAAACUUAAGUUAAAAUCGGAUGGGAACUCAAACUCUUUCAAAGUGAUCAACGGGCUCAAAGAUUUCACAGCAUCAGACGAAGAGGAUGGAGGUAGUGGGAAUGAUGAGAGUAGAGAAGACGCUGAAGCUGAUUUUGAUGAGGACCCCGACAAGUCAGGCGAAAAUGAUUCCGAUGGAGACAAUGAACGAACUCCGCCCAGUACUCGCAAAACAUCAGAAAGUGAUGACUCAGAAAAAUCUCCAAGAGUCAAACCCAAUCAACUUAAAAAUUUGCAGGGACUGUCCAUAAUGCAAAAGAAGGGCCCUCCUACGCCCGUGAAGGUUCCAGUGCAGCAACUUAAACCGCCAGUGAGGCCUGCUGUCAAACAGACUCCGAAAAGAGGACCCAACCAAACAAUUUCUUCUAAAGAAACUUCAGAGGAGAGAGAACUCCCAAGUAAGCCAACUACCCCAAAUACCCCUACGCCAGAAAGACGAGAGUCACGUACAAGCCUAGAUAACGUUGUUGUGAAGCAAGAAAUAGAGACAGUUGAAACACAAUCGUCAAAUGUUCCAAUAUUUAACACUCAAAUUAAGUCUGAAAGGUCUUCGCCGCCGCCACUUGACGCAGCUUCUACUCCUAUACUAGCUAAAGUAAAGUCCGAACCAGAUGCAUUGGCGUCGCACCAAUCUGCGCCGCCUAGUACUUUGGAGCCACUUCUGCCUGUCACAAAAAAAGAAGAGCCAAGCGUUACCGUUAUAGAGAUAAAUGGAGAUUCCAACGACGAAGAUGAUGAUUGUUGCGUGGUAUCUGCAACACCAGCGCCUGACAUCAAACCAGUUAUUCCCAAGACUGAGAAUCCCCCUGCGACGUACCCUCCACCGGCGUACCCGUCAUCGCAGCCAAGCUUCAAUUCCUCAACUAUGCUCGGCAGUCGUCUGACCGCGCCUUCUACUGAGAAACAACAUAACUUUAAUUGGAACGCCCCUGAUUCCAAACCACCUUUAGACAUGCUCGAGAAAAGUGCUGAUGACAUAUUCGAGAGUCUAUUGUCGAGCAGUGCAAAGAAAGAAUCUAUUUCAAUAUCAGACGCUAGUGAAUACAUAUCCUUAGAUACUUUAGGUCCUCGACAUUCAUGUGAUGUGUGCAAUACAAGAUUUACUGAUAUAGCCUUGCUCGAUGAGCACAGAAGGAUGACGGGUCAUACCAAAUCGUUGGCGCUUCCAUCAUCGUCUUCAACUCUUAUGCCUUACAAUCCGAAUUCAAACAUAUUGUCUUCAAUACUACCUGUGAAGCAUAUUGCUGAUCAAGUCGGGAAGCUAUCGACCAUUGGUGGAAGUGGGCCAGGAUUCACCCAUCAGCAAAAUGUCAUGAUCAAUAUCCAAGCUUACCCAGGAGCCGGAGGAAUGAUGAUGAAUCCGCAAGGAUAUAAUUCUUAUCCAUCUUCACAAAACAAUAUGCAACAAGAUUACGGAAAUAACAUGUACGGGCCAGGGCAAACAAUGCCUGGUACGUAUCCAGGACAGGCUUACAUGAAUCAGCCGGGGUAUGGGCAGUUCCAACAACCGAUGUCCAAGCCGGGCGGGUAUCCUGGGCAAAUGCCGCAAGGUCAGUACCCACCUUCGUCGUCUUACGCUUCUCCACUUCAGGGUAUGCAGCAGGCUGUUUAUGGACAAGCACCUUCCGGUGGAAUGAACGCACAAAUGGGCCAACCAAUGGGCCAAACAAUGGGCCAAAUGGGUCCACCUGGUGCACCCUACGUUCCUUCAUCAAGCCCCGGCGGAGCUAUGAAACCUCCUCCCGGUGGCAUAAAGAUUCAAAACGUGCAAACCUUUCCAGCGGGCCAACCAGUAGUUGGGAUGCCCGGAACAGAAAAUAUGGGCGGACAACCUACAGCACCCGGUCAAACCGUAGGAGGACAGAUGCCUGCACCAACUCAAAUUAGAAUGGCACCCGGUGCUAAUAUUACCGGCACACGACCACGCAUGGCUAACCCUAGAGGACCACGACCUUCCAUUAGACCUGGUAUGCAAGUACAUGCUCAAAUUAGAGCUCAGAAACAAGGUGCGCGUAUGCCCAUGAAGAGGCCGGCAGGCAUGGCCGGCGGCCCGGGCCAGAAGCGACGCCCAGACAUGUUGCUACCGGGUAAACAUGACAACGAGGACUGCCAGGUGAUGGCCAUGCAGAAACAAAGGGAUGGCUUGCCCAUGAUCCAGAGCGUGCAAGGCGCGAAAGACAAACUUAACCUGGGCAGCCAAAUAUCUAUCACUAAGAAGACUGUGAAUAAAGAAGCUAACGCUAUGGCGAAUGUGCUAGCAUCGCGAGGAAUAUCCAUUAAACAGAAGCAAAAGAGUCGAUCUCCGACUCCUGAACGGCCACUCCCUCACAUACCUAACCUGGGUGCUGGGAUGAGCAUCAAACACACUUCAAAAUCUAGCAAUUUCUCCAUACCUGAAGCAAAAGUCGGUGGUGGUAUGCUGUCCUGUAAAAUAUGCAAGAAAAUGUUCAUGAACCACAACUCGCUGUCGGUUCACAUGUCGUCCGCGCAUCCGCAGAGUAAACUGCCAGUGUUCAAGUGCGAUGAGUGCCCGGCUUCGUAUCCGAAGUCGUUACAACUGCAGCACCACAAGAGAGUGUUCCAUAACGUGACGGGGCCUAAUAGAGAACUAGGGCUGCCUGUCGUGGACCUGUCACAAGAGGACAACCUCAAGCGGUUGAGUAGUUUAGGCAUAUAUAGUUUUAUACCCUUAGCGAAUAGGGAACAAGCUGGCGGCUGUUUCGGUAUACCAGUAAUCUCAGUACAUAAUGUACAAAAUGGUAUGACAAACAGUUUGCAAGCUUUAGGUGCAGACGGAUUGCUAAGCUUAGGACCUCUUAAACCUCUACCGAACUCAUAGACUGUGUAAAUAUACAGAAGUAUUUAGAAUGGACUUGUGUGCGGAGACUGUGAUUACCUAGUUUUGUGUAGACCGAGUUUGGACAGUUAAUAGUGUGGAGAAGACUUUAUUUUGCUGUGUAAACUUGAAAAAGUUAAAACGUUUUUGCAAUGAGUGAAAUUAUUUAUGUGUUUACAUAAGAUUAUCCAUACAUAUAUUAAUGUAUAAUGAACAGAUAAAGUACAUACAUACUUCAAAGUCCAGAUAGACAUAGACGCAUGUAAAAUUAUAUAUUUUUUUAUUAUUAUUUCAAUACAGUUGUAAAAGAUUACUAUUUAAUAGUUAGUCACAACAGCACACGCACAAUUGAGCAGAAAUAUGUAUUAUCUUUAUGCCCUUAAAAAACUGGGUCACCUAUGAUGGUCAUCAUAAUUUUCCGAGACUUUUUUCCAACUAUGUUGGGGUCUGUGUGGGGUGAUCACCUAUGUAAUUAUCUAUCUGGUCCAAGCUGAUACAAGAAAUAAUUGAAUUUUGAGUAUUAUGUGAUAAAAUUUUAACUUAUGUGACCUAAAUUUUAAACAACUACUUACCUAGAAAAUUAUACAUAUAAUGUAAGUAAAGUCAGGGAUACAGUAAUUACCGUGUUGACGCGUUUCGGCUUGGGUUCAGUGUAGUAGAAUAUAAACCAUAGGGUUGCCUAUCCAUUGAUGUGGAAUAGGUCUGUAGAAACUAAGAAAUACUGACCAAUUUGAUUUGCUUUUUUGACAUAAAAUUAUGUUUCAAUUGUUGUUGUUGUUGUCAAUAUCAGGAAUAAUCUACAAACUAUGGAAACUGUAAUAUGAUACAGUAAGCAUUGAAUCCCAUAAACAAAUGAAAAAAAAAAAUAAAAAAGUUUUUUGUAUUUUGAGAGCAGAAAAUACCAGACUCAACAUGUAUUGUAUUUUGUUUCAAAAAUGGUUAUUUAAAUAACAAUUAUUAAUUUAAUUGGAAUACUAAGUUAUCUUCCUUCUCUGCUGCCAAAUAGUAAGAAAAGUUUAAUUUGUUUAACUCUUUUUUUGUUCCUAAUGAUGUUGCGAGUAUGACUUCUAACUUUCAUUAUUUUAAUAUGUACUAGCAUUAAGCUAAAUUAUGUUAGCUCACUCUUGAGAACUUCCCUGACGCAUGAGUCAUAUCUGAUACACACUGAUUUUUUAACUAUUGAUUGUCUGCAUUGUGGACAGUGAAGUGGUUAAUAUUCAGGAAUGAAUUUUAAGCACUGCAGAAAGAACUGUGGUCUAGAAUCAUUAACAGAACAUAUCUGCAUCAUCACUACUUUUUUUUUCUUUUUUUUUAUCCGCCCUAAAAUCGGUAAAACAUGGAUACUAACUAUUCUUACGCGCACCGAGCAGCGCUCGCGUCAUUAAACCGGUUUCGCGAUGCCACCGAGCCUACUAUGAUGACUGUGACCGUACAAUCGGUUAAAAACCAAACACAUCUUUCGCUAUCAAUAACUAUUCUUUCUAACUAAACACAACAAAAUAAAAAUGUAUCUAUAAAACUUAUUUAACUAUAAGUUGACAAAGUUUUCGCACUGAAUAAAAUUCAUUCCUGUAUAGUCUCCAAAUUGUGUAAAAUGAUAUUGCACGAUUGUUACUCUCCAAAUUGUGUAAAAUGAUUCUGUUUAUUUUUGUGUAAUUUAUGGAAAAUUUAUUUUAACAAGGCGCAUAUAUUUUUUCGCUUUGUAUAAAACAUGAGUAAGGUUGUAAUAGGCGUGACAACAGGGCUAAAAUAUUGAUUCUAAUUAGCCCGCAUUUUAAAUUGGCAAAAGUAUUGGGCACGUAUCUUUUAUUUUAACAAAAAAAUAAUAAUAAUGAUAUUUACUAAGAUAUAACGCAACAAGAAAAUUCUAUCGUGUUGUAUCUUUGCUAUUAUUUGAUUAUGAGAGACGAGAAAAAAUAUGUGUCCAAUAAUUUAGGGUUAUCUAAAGACGGACUAAUUACUUUUUUUCAUUCGCCAUGCCUGCUAUAUAUUAUGUUAUAACUUGUGAAGAAUAAAAGUUUUGAAGCUAUGUAAAUAUUAACUUAAAAAAAAUUGUGGAGAACCUUUUUGGAAAGUCGGUUAAAAAGGUAUGUGACAACUAGGAAUGUAGCUAAUGAAAGACUGAAUUGAUGUACUUACGAAUUGUAUUGUAUAAUGUUUCCUUUAUGAUUGAGUUUUUAAAGCACGACAUUAAAAAAAAAAAACAUUUGAUUAUUUUAUAUCUCCACUUGACCGUGAAUUCUUUGUAAAUAUUUCUGUUUUCCCGCAAUUUCACCCGCGUUCUGUUGAUACUAGUGCCCGUACCGGAAUAAAAUAUAGCUUAUGUUAUUCUGGAAGAGUGUAGCUUUCCAACUGUGACAGAAUUUUUCAGUAGUUCCGGAGUUAAGAAGUACAGACAAACAAACAAAAAAAUGUUCCCUCUUUUUUAUAUUGGUAUAGAUUUGAGUUUAUAAAUAAAAAGUCAUAUGAAGAUUACAUGAAGAUAACAAACGAAGUAUAACUGCAGUAACUUAGCAAUAUAUAAUUAUCCAAGCCAGCGUUUUUAUAUACACUCUAUUGCAUGAAUAAAAGUGCCUUGUUAAAAUAAAUGAUUAAUUUUCAUGAAAAUAAGAAACAAUUUAUAGGGUGUCUAACCGAUAUUUGAAUACGUGAUUCUACUCAUGAUUGCAAACAACUUUCCUAAAGAAACUUCAGCUGUUUCAAACUUUGGAUUUUGCCCGAAUUUGUGACUAAACUAAUUAAUAUAUAAAUAAGUUACUUUGGGAAAGUUGUUUUUAAUCUUGAGUAGAAUCAUGUGUUUAAGUAUCGAUCCCAAAUUACCAGUCACCAUAUAGAUACACCAGUUUAUGUUGUACGUUCUACUGUCGUAUAUACUUUUUAUUAUUUUCGAAACACAGAGUUGUUUAUUUACGUAUACGUUAUAGGGUCAGUUAAAAUAUGUAAAAUACUUUGCAUGUAUAAUUUUUUCGAUUAUGGGGCACACGAUUGAAUCCCACGGAAAAUAUUUGAGCCCGGACCACGGAGAAAGGAAAGAUGAGCGAAGUCAUAAGGAAGGUAGUUCAGGUGCCUUCUUUUUACUAAAACUAACGAGGCGUUUGUUUUGUUUGCCAAAUUAAAACCAAUCUUUCAAAGAUCGUUCUUGAUUGAUUGUCGAUUUAUAUUUUGAAAAUAAUCAUCGGGGAUAGUAGGCGUAUGAGGGCAGAGCUAGUGACGAUCUACGUCCCUCGAACACCCGUAUUUUGACGCGCCAACUUUUUUAAAAAUUUGCGUUAUGACAUCUCCGCUAGUCAUUUUGUCCUCCGUGGCCCGAAUUAGAUAUUGUAUUGAACAAUGAUUUUGUAAUUGAAAUAUAGCUUUAAGGGAAGUCAUUUUCUGACAAACAAAUCUACAAACAUUUUUUUGUGAAAAGUUAAAGGUGGUUUUGUGGUCUGUGCUGAAACUUAUUUUCAUAUUUCCAGUGUAAGCUAUCGAUAUUAACACGAAUGCCAAUUGUAAUGAUUUUGAAAGUAUGUGUGUACUUACCUAUAUGAAAUUGAGCUGUCAUAAUUAUUGCAUUAUUAAUGUAUAUUUUCUAUAAUUUUGUUAUAGUGAUAUUCAAUGUUCAUAAACACCAAUUUAACAGAGACAUAAAAAUAGAUUGCGAGACACCGUUAGAAGUGCGUCAGUUAGACAGAGUAUUCCAAACCUCGAUUUCAAUAACCUAUCUCUAUCCGUGACUUUGCUUACUAGAUAUAGCUCCGUAAAAGCAAUGUCGAAUUCCUAUCACAGUAAGCAGAUUGACAGACAGAUAAGUUAUUGAAAUCGAUACAAAAGAGGGAUAGCCACUUAUAUACACACUUGCAGAUAGGUGGCCAUAACACUCGCGCACUCUAUUCUUAUACCUACUUCUAUGCAAUUUACUUGUGUGUUUGGUACCGAAUCAUCGUUGAUUUAGUUCGUACACCUCAUUUUUUUUGUUGUUUUUUAUAUAAAAGGUCUCAAGGUCAUAAAACGGUUUUAAUGCUAACUCGAAAAUCUUAUAUUGCACGAGUUAUCGCAUCUAGGCCGACGAUGUUUUCAUAACAGUUGUACUUAAAUGUUUUAUCCUGUAACGUAUACUAAAUUAAUCACGAAAAUUGAUAUUUGGAUCUUGGUCCCGGUUACUCCAUCAAAAUAAAUGUACAUGUAUUGUGGCAUUGAUUAAAAAAUUACACUUGGAUCAAAUAUAAAUACUUUUGUCGUUUUAAACCCUAAAAUUUUGAGAUUUAGAAGUCGUGCAAUCAACAGAUCUUAUGGUUUAUAUCUAGUUUUAAGUAUAAAAAACCUGUGUACACAAGAGAAAUAUAUUAUUAUAUUUUUAGUUCGCUUUCUAAAUAAUGCGCGUUCUUGGUGCAUUACCUAACUUAACUUAAGCUAAGAAGAGAUUAUUCCUAAGUUGAAUUUUAACGAGUGAUUCUAAGUUUUUUCUAUUUUGGUUGUAUUUAGAAUGUAUCUGUUAUAAGUGAAAACGUUAGAUACGAAAAUUAUUAAAAUUAAUAAAUUAAUUACAAAAUA